ACACGUUUCCUCGCCUGUUAAAACACCCCCGAAAAGUGACAAUAACAGCUGUUUUAUACAGGAAUAGCCAUUUGAAAAUAGAUAUUAACUUUACUUUUAGUUAUCAAAUUCAGCUGAGACUAAAGAUGUGCUGUGAACACGGGGACAGUACAGGUCUGUAGGACGACGGUCUAGAUAGCCGGAACAGGUACCUUACUGCUGCUAUCUCUAUAUUCGUUCAACUGCUAUAUGGAGUAAAUAGGGUUUUCGCGUAGGAUAUCGACCAAGUACGAAGGUGUUUCUGUCUAGAAAUGACCAGUUCACGAACAUUUCAUGAAGCUCAUGAACAUGUCAUUUUACACAGAACUGUCGAUGUACGAUGCUGACACCCAUCUUACACACUGUCGAACUACCAUUCAGACUAGAAGCCAACGAAACCUUCUAACGCACAUAAAGUAUGUAUCCUUAACUUUUUGCCGGAUAUAUUUUUUGCCAUUCCUCACCACAAACCCUUUCAGCGGGAGAUAACAAUUCGUCGAAUUUGCUUGUUUUAAUUAACUGUAAGGUGUGUUUUCACCUUGAUUAUACACCACCAUUUCUUGGAAACCUUCGUGCUGUCUUAUAAACGCGGAUGUUUUCUACAAGGUGCAGUAUUUAUUAAGUUUUACGUGUUUUAAGGACAAUAUUAGUUAAUCUUAUCUAUAGUUUUGCGAAAAAAGAUCGUUUAAAACCUUCAUAGAAAUAAUUAAAAUGUAUGAGAAAAUAGGUCUUUGUGUCACUGGAUUAGCUUUAAUCUUGAAUAUAGUGGGUGUGGCUAUCCCGUACUGGUUCUAUUCCGGGAGUAUACAGGGUGUACCAGGGACAAGUAUCUACUUUGGACUGUGGAAAAGCUGUGUGGCCAAUAUCCAACUUUCCAUAUCAUCGAUAAUGCCUCAGAGCGUCCAUGGCCCUGUGAUUUCGAUGUGCAAUUCAGUUGAUGAUAUAGAAGGGUUUCUACUGCCAUCUGAAUUCAAAGCGACUCGCGCUCUUGAGAUAUUGGCCAUCCUUGCAACAGCAGCGACCGCAGUUGUCGUCUGCUUGAAGAUGUUUGUUAGGAAGAACGACAACCGUCUGCUGUAUGCUGCUUCGCCGAUUCAAUUUAUUGCAGGUUUGCUUAUGAUAAUCGGCGCAAUCGUCUUCGUGGCUGAUAAUAAAGCGAAAAAAGCAAUCGAUUCUGGAUUCAACACAGAUAUAAAACCCCAUGCUGCGUUUGGCCUCUGUAUUGUAUCAGGGAUCCUAAGUUUUGUUGCUGCAGUGCUAUAUUUUCUCGCCGCUAGGACGAUUCCAGGUCUUCGGUAAAGAUGGGAAUUACUUAUCUGGAGGUCUAACUGUAAAAUUCUCAGUUAGAACAAGGAAUGAUAUUGAUUUAUUUUAUCAGUAGGAUACGAAUGUAAGAAGCGACAACUCAUACUCACUCUUUAAGGCAUGUUGUUUAAACCUUGAUGAAAAGCGACCUAGAUUUAAACCAUAUAUGUCAGUAAGGUUCUGACUAUUGACAAUAAUUAACAAAUACUAAUUGAAUGGGAUAAGGCUGUGACUUUAUUAUUAUAAUAUCAUUACAGAAAAUUAAUAAAAUAUCAUGGCAUAUUGUAUGAAAUAUAAGUAUCAUGAAAUGAAGUAGCUAAAAUGCAUAGAAGCAAAACAGACCAUGCUAAAGCUACAUGUAUCAUGAAAAGCACACAUGCACUAGACAACGAAUUUACAACAUGAUGAUUUUAUUGGAGAGGUCUAUCAAGACCUCUCCAUAGUGUUGGCUUUCAAACUAGGAGGAUUUAGACUAAUCUACUAAUUUUACGGCGUUAGACUUCACUUUCUAUCGCAAAUUACGGUGAGCCAGUCUGAAAUGGCCCAAUGCGCUUGCGCACAAGUUAAAGUUUUGAAAUCUUCUAAGACGAAAAUAAUAAAGAAAUCUAUGUAAUACUAUUGUUACAAAUGUUGGAAACGGUUCAGUUUAUAUAUUCACUAUUCUUUGUUCGCAUUAUUCACUAUUCUUUGUUCGCAGUAUUCAAAGAUAUGUAUAUGCAUUUAAUCACUUUAAAAUAUAUUUCGUUCAAUUGAAUAAAUUUAUUGUUUAACUGGCGGUUCGUUUGCCCCGUUCGUUUGGGCCACGGAAGAU